AUGAUUAGUAAAAUCGAAACACUACCUAAUGAAAUUCUUCUUCAUAUUUUCUCUUGUCUAACAUGGGAUAAUAUGUUAACAUCUUUAUGGUCAUUAAAUGCUCGCUUCAAUUCUCUCAUAUGUUUAACUCUUUCGAUAAAUGACAAUCGGUUGAACAACGGCCUUGUUAUAGUGCAUGGUUUAUCUUAUAAUAAAUGUUGUUCAAUAUUAUUUCCAUUGAUUUUAAAUUCAUCAUCUCUUUGUUCUUCUAUUCAACGUAUUCAUUUUGAUGGAACAAAUUUAAUGUCUUCUGAUCUUUGUUAUCAAUUGUUAUUUAAUAAUAAAAAUAUUCUUCAUUUUCCUCAUCUUAAAUCACUUAUUCUUACUCGAUGUGGAUCAAUUGAACCAGUUAUUCAGAGUUUAGUUUAUCUUAUUAAAUAUCAAUUAGAUGAACUUACAUUAACAUUUGAUGACGAUAUAUUCGCACGAUUUUUUUUUCUAGGAAAACGUUUGUCAAAAGUAUCCUAUAAAGAAAAUCAACUGAACAUGAUCAAAGAAUUUGUUUGUCGAUUAUUCUCUACUCAAUGUCAAUUAACAUCUCUUCGACUUGAUAUUAGCAAUGAAUUUCGUUGUGGUUUUUUGCAUCAAUGUUUAUCAUCAAAUUCUGAUCUUUCCUCUAAUUUAAUUCAAUCGUGUAAUAUAACUCUUCGUCGUUUACAUAUUCGACUUAAUUAUGCACGUUUUCUUGAAAGUCUCAUUGAAUAUAUCCCCAAUCUCGAACAAAUAUCGGUGGAAUUCAUUGGUUCAUUACAAAUUGAUACAUUAUGGAAAUCAAACAUAGAAGCAUUGAAACAAUCAAAUGAAAAUUGGUUCAAUAAAGUAUCAAAACUACAGUGUCUUAGUUUAAAAAGUUUUAUUGAUGAUGAUUUGGAAUUUAUUUAUUUGAAAUGGAUUCUUAAUAAUUUAAAUUAUGUUAAAAAACUUCAAGUUCAUAUUAAAAGUUGUAAAUUAGACGAUAGAAAAUGUCAAAAUAUAUGGAAAUAUUUGAUUGAUGCAAAUUUCAUUCGUCAAUAUUGUUUACCUGAUAGAAUACCUAAUUUAAUUGAUUUCAAUUUUUAUAUUUCUUCACAAUGUCAAUUAUCAUAUGAUGACAAUUCGAUGAUGAUAAUAGAUCAAAAUGAAAUACGUGCAAAAGUGCUUGCUCAUCUCAUUUCAAUGACUGUACAACUCAAAUAUCUUAGAAUUGAAAGAUUCGAAUGGCUUUUAGAUGUUAUCCAACACGCAUCUAAUGAAUUAAGAAUAAAUUCAUUAACUACUGUACGAUAUGUUGAAUUUUGUCUUCCGAGUUGUCAUAACGGUUAUGAAACAAUUCAUAUAGGCAAACGUCUUGUACCUUUUAUUAGCACAUAUAUGCCUCAUUUACAAACAUUACGUCUCUGGCGACCAGAUGAUUUUCCUUGGACAACUAUUCGACCAGAUUAUAAAAGAUACUACGAUGAUCUUUUACUUCUACAAUGGCUAAAUUCUUUAGAAGCACCUGAAUCGAUUGCUCAACAUGUGAUCAUUUUUGAACAAGAUCUUUGUCAAUUAAUCGACAAAUUAAGAGAUUUUACUUUUCUCGAUAUUUAUGGUAAAAUUCAUUACAAAAAAGUAGAACCUUAUCGUUUAAUGGUUCAAGCUCGUUUUCCAGAUAGCCGAGUGAAUGUCGACGUAUCAAGAUUUCGUCUAUGGCUUUGA